AUGAAGCUCCUCAGCCUCCUCUCAAUCGCCCUCGUCAUUGCUGUGUCCGCCUUCAGUGUCGCUGCCGCUCCUCCUGUGCAGGCUGAAGGUGCGAUUCGCUGGCUGCAGAAUCAGGUGGCAGCAGGCAACCUGGUUGCAAAGCUGCCGGAUCACUACGGCCUGGCCAGCAGCGCUUGGGAGGAGUUCCUGAGCACUCGCGGCCCCGGCAUCAUUGAGAGCCACUUGACUGCCCGGGCUCACCAAGCCGACAAAGCUACUCUCUUGCGGAUCACUUCACAGGAAGAGACCAUUGUCAACCUAAACGAAAGGCCGAUGGCCAAAGAGGCUGCAGAGAAGCUCGUACAGCGCUUUGCUGCUGACAACGCCGGUUCCAGUUGGGGUGGCUCGCUCCGUCUGGGGCGCGGCUGA